AUGACUUGCAAAUUCCCCGGAAUCGCUGCGAAUUGCGACUUGCGCCUCGACUGUUCUCGAAGAUUCUCGAAGAUUCUCGAAGAUUCUAGAAGAUUCUCUGAAGAUUCUGGGAGUUUCCUUCAGACACAGAGCAGGGCUCGGCGGCAGCCCGAGUCGUUGGACCUCCUGUGCCCAGAGGACGCCAGUAAGGUCGACGGCAAGGUAGCUCAGAUCGAGUGUCUUCACGCGGGUGUUGCUGGAGCAGAGGCGCCUGGUCGAGGGUCGAACGACACUAUUUUUGCGAUUUUUGCCGGCUUAGCGACGGCAACACUGGCCGCCGUAGCUGCCCUGAUUUUCUUGAACAGGAAAUUGAAGCAAGCCUCUCUUGAGACCCGUCUUGUCACAUUACAGGACGAGAAGAAGCCCGAAAUAGCCGAAGAGGAUGAGGAGUCCGAAGAGGCCGAAUCCCAGGAGGAUGAGGAGUCCGAAGUAUCCGAAUCCGAGUCCGAUGAGGAGUCCGAAGAGGCCGAAGCCCUGGAGGAUGAGAGUCCCCCGAAUCCCUGGAGGAUGAGGAGUCCCCCGAGGCCCUGGAGGAUGAGUCCGAAGUAUCCGAAUCCCGUAUCCGAAUCCCAGGAGGAUGAGGAGUCCGAAGUAUCCGAAUCCCCCCCCGAAUGGAGGAUGAGGAGUCCCGAAUCCCAGGAGGAUGAGGAGUCCCGAAUCCCAGGAGGAUGA